AGAGCUAAACAGGAAGAUAAACGAGGUUUGCAGAAAUCGGUUUUUACCUUCCAGACGGGUCUUAUACCGUUUUACCUACAGUCUCGUUCGUAUCGGUUGUUUUCAACCGAUACUACAACUUUUCAUAGUAUAUAUCGAUUUUUCGAUACAAACAGAUUCAUCUUUACAUCUCUACUUUUCACCCACAUCUGUUGUUCUGAUCCGCAUUCAUGAUUUAAUCCCAGACCGCCAUCUACUGUUCGCUCAAAAGAAUGCAACACUUGUUUUGGCCCACCCUUUCCUUCUUUUUUUUAUUAUCAAGCUUUAUUUAUAAACAACAUAUACAGCAACAUGCACAACAAAAGUGUGAAUGUCAAGGGGAGAUCAAAGUGAAAACAAAUACCAGAGUUUACAGACCUCAGUGUAUAGAGCAUAAACACCACACAAAAAUUAAUGAGCUAGAGUUCAUUUGAAAACAAAGUAUCAAAAUUGUAUCAGUUGAAAUGGCCUUUUUUGUUUUAAUUUGAUGUCCAGCUUUUCCUUCAAUCAAUUGAUUUUUUAUGACGUCACGCUCAUGACGCCCUAAUUCGCUGUUGGAGGAAUGAACUGUCCAUCAAAGUGAUUUCCGGUACAGGACCCGCCCACCAGAACAAUGGAGGACGAUGCUUCAGGCUGCGGCGGAGCUCAGAUGUUCCUGUUCGGCUGCACGCUGACAUCCUGUAAACAGGAGUUUAAGGUUGAAGUGGACAACGAGGAUGCAGAACAGCAGCUGUCACUCAAAGUGGUGUGUCUGGGGGCUGAAGCUGAGGACGAGUUCCACAUGGUUGAAGUCGAAGGGCUCACAUAUGAUGCAAAGAUAACUAAAGUACCACUUGUAGUCCUGAAACCCUCUGUGAUGCCGUCUAUGAAUUUGGGUGGCUUUGAGAUCACACCUCCUGUCACCUUCCGUCUCCGGUUGGGUACUGGACCAGUUCACAUCAGUGGGCAGCACUUUGUUAGUGAGAAGGAUUCAGAAGAGGAAGAAGAGCAUAACACGUCACCUGUGAAGCAGCCUGCAAACAUGUCAUCAAGGAAUAAGCCUGCAUUGAAAAAGCUAAAGAUGGAUUCAGAUGAAGAUGAGGAAGAUGAUGAAGACAACGAAGAGGAUGAUGACAUUCAAUAUGGAGAUGGAGGAGAUUUCACAUCCAGAAAAAACAUGGGAAAAGUGUUUGAAAAGUUACAUACCCCAGGAAAAGACAAGCCCCAGGCUGGCCCGUCCAAUUCUCUGUCUUUGACUGAGAUUAAGAGCAAGUUGUCCACAGCAGCCAAAGAGGGAAAACCUUUACCAAAAACUGAACAGAAGUUUGAAAAUUUUCUGAAGAGUUCUUUUAAAAUCACAGACAAACAGGUGGUGAAGGAUCUCUGGAAUUUUUUGAAAAUGCAGAAGGUCCAGAUGAAGUAGCCACAUCUAUCUUGAAGCAUAUGCAGAUUUAUCUGCAGGAACUUUGAAGGCGCAGAGCUUUUCCACCUCACUCCCAUCACUACACCUAUGGACUUGAAUCAGGACUAAAUGCUACAGUAAAGCUGUCAGUGCACGAAUAAAAAAAGAACAACAACAAAAUGCUCGGAUGACUAACAGCUGAGAGGUUUUUUUGUUUGGUCUUUACUGUUAGCAUUUUGUGGGCUGACAUCAUUAGAGGAACAAGCUUGAUCUUUCACAUGAGAUGAAUGCACAUAAAUGCUGAAGUGACCAACCCUUCAGCUGCAUCAUGUACUCAUGGAGAUGCUUUAGUUUGAGAAAUGCAGGUUUGGGUUUGUGUGUGUUUCUGUCACUAAUGAAAUGGGAAAUAUUUGCUUAAUCUUCCUUCACAUAUGUAUCUUCUUCUUCAUUUCAUAUAUAUGUAUUCUGUAUGCAAAGAUAAAGCAGAGCGCUGGCUGGUGUGACUUUCAGAAAAAAAACUUUAAAUAACAUUGACUGUCCUAAAACAGAAAAACUGUGAAGUAUUUUUGUCUACUUAUAUGAUGUAAAUUUUUUAUCACAACUAAAUGUAUUUGAAAUGACUCUUUUGUAAUCAAAUUUGGCAAAAGAUGUACGCAAAGGAUAAGUGUGUUUCUAUCUUUUACAGUUUUAUUUAAAACUUGUCUAAAAUUAUAAAAUCCAAAAAUCUGCUGGGAUGUGUGCAGCUCAUUGCUGAUAAGCAGAAAAGAACAUUCUCAUCUUUCACUUGACAUUUAAAGUAUUUACAAAGAUUUAAUAACAAGGCGCUUGGAUUAACUCCAGAGGAAAAAUGUGAAAAUCUUACACACACAUGAAAGACUUGCAGUUAUCCAGACACAAACUGGCAUAUAUUAGGAAAGAAUUUGCAGUAUGAAUGUUCGCAGUACAACAUUUUUCACAUCAUAUUUUUAGAGAAACGGAAAAGCCUCAAAUGAAGAGGUAGUAAAGUGAAAGAAAAAUACAUUCUUUAAUUUUGUUUUCUUAUCAUCAAUACUUUUAUAUAAUUGUGUGCGUCAGAAAAUAGCAGCCAAAGUUACUGGUUGUAGAAUGGUUCUUGAAAAGUGCUAUCUAGAUCUAUCUAAUAUGACUUCUCAAAUACUUUUUAUGGCUGAUUAGAUCCAGGGAGCCUUACUGGUUGCUGUCCGUUCUCUGUACGACCGGAGCAGGAGCUUGGUCCACUUAGCCAGCAGUAAGUCAGACCUGUUCCCGGUGCAUGUUGGACUCCGGCAGGGCUGCCCUUUAUCCCCGGUUCUGUUCAUAGGUCUUAUGGACAGAAUUUCUAGGCGCAGCCAGGGGCCGGAGGGGAUUUGGUUUGGGGACCUCAGGGGACCUUUGGGGACCUCUCUGCUCUUUGCAGAUGAUGUUGUCCUGUUGGCUUAAUUGAGCCAGGACCUCCAGCAUGUAUUGGAUCGGUGGCUGGGCCCUUCCUUAGGGUGCAUUCACACCGAACGCCAUCCGCACGACAAAUUCACAUGCCCUGCCCCUCUUUCGUCACAAGACAAAUUCGUUGUUCGUCACCUGUCAAAAAAAAAUCUCCCACCACGGCUGCAUGUGGGAGGAGCUACCAGCUAAUGUUUUUGGGAUGAUCGCUAUAAGGAACGGUGUCUGUGGAUAUCUCACUUAGAAUGUAUGGAAGACAUAGAUGUUGAGAAACAAGUUUCUUUUAUUUAUUAUUUACAAGAACACCGGUAAUAAUGUCUCCAUGUUUAGGUUUAUAUGAUUAAACUGUGUCUCCGGCUGAACUUGAAGGCUCUCUGUUUCGUAAUAAUCCGAGGGGGAAAAAGUUUAAAGUUGAACUGUUUUUAUCUCAUUUAUUACCCUGUCAUAUGUUGACUAGAAGUGCUGUUUCAUUUGGUUCUAAUGUGUGUGAUGUGGAGGUCACGUCUGUGGUGUUAUUUCAUUACCUUCCUACCAUCUGAAAAUGAGGUUCGAUCAUUAGAGAUUAUACCUUUUAGACACAGACAUUCUGCUUAGGGUGAGAAAUGGCCCAACAGAUUGUCUGUAAGAAAUUGUGUCCCAAUGUACUCUCCUUACUUGAACUUUCAAACAUUUUCAUGUCUUUUUUUGAGUUUUGAAUGCAAAUGAUCAAUAAUGACAUGACAUCAGGCCAGAGCAACAUGAUAUGACUUUGUAUUGCUUAUUUUCACUCUUGUAAACAGGCUUGUAGUUCAUAGAAUUUCACCGAAGGGCCAUGUAACUUUCUGACUUUGUGAUGACUUGGUCUGCUGACAUUUCAAAUACCCCAGCAGAUGUCACUUGAGUUUCUUUAAUAAUACUGAAGACAAGUUCUUUGGUAAUUGUCGUGUUGACUUUUGCCCAUGUAUUGUACUGUAUGUGUAUUUGUGACAUUAACUGUUUUUAUGUUUUACAAAAAAGAUGUCUCUGGCAGCUGAACCAUUUGUUUUAAAAUCUGUUGUUACUCUUCUUUUCAUGAGCUUUUUAAUGACUGAUUCGUGAUUUUUGUCAUCAAACUUCCUGAUUGAUUGAUUAGCCACAAGUAUUGGCUACAAUGAACUCUGCUUUUGUUUAUAGUUGUUUUUGUUUUUAUGUUUUACUUUCUUUUGUUCAUUAAGCUCAAUAAAAUGUUCUUCAUUUUA